AUGGAUAAUAGAUCUGACCCUGCUUACAUUACUGUUGACGGUUACAUUGACGUGCACACUUAUGGAUCUCUGUAUUUUUUUAUCAUGUUACUUGUCUAUAUUUCAGUCAUUUGCAGUAACUCCCUGAUUAUUUACAUCAUCUGGAAAGAACCAAACCUCCACAAGCCGAUGUACUUCUUUAUCGCAGCCUUGUCUUUCAAUUCUCUCCUCUUCAGUUCAACAGUCUACCCCAAACUUUUAAUCGAUCUUUUAUCAGACAAGCAGGUCAUUUUGUAUAUGGCGUGUCUCUUUCAAUGGUUUAGUUAUUACAAUUUAGUUGGCUCUGAGUUCUUACUGUUGGCUUCUAUGGCUUACGACAGGUAUGUGUCUAUCUGUAAGCCUUUGCAGUAUUUAAAUAUUAUGCGAAACUCAAAAAUUUGUGUUUUUGUGGGUUUUGCUUGGGUUUUCCCUGUUUGUCACACAAUAAUACCCCUUUCUUUCAAUUACAAUAAGAAGCUAUGUCAUUUUAAUUUCAGAGGAAUCAUCUGUAACAGCACAGUGUAUAGACUCUUCUGUGUCGCUUCGCCUGCUCUUUCUAUUUUUGGGAUGAUCAUUUUUACCAAUGUUGUAAUUUUUCCUUUUCUCUUCAUCUUUUAUACAUAUUCAAGGAUAUUUUACAUUGUGAAACGCUCCAAAGAAAUGAGAAAGAAAGCGUUUGAGACCUGCUUGCCCCAUCUGGUGGUGUUGAUCAAUUUUGCCGUGUUCAGCACUUACGAUAUUAUUUUACUGCGAAUAGAAACUGAAUUCCCCAAACCUGUGCGUUUCUUUGUGACGUUACAAAUGAUCAUUUACCAUCCUCUGUUAAACCCAUUGAUUUAUGGUCUUAAAAUGAAGGAAAUUUACAAACACAUAAAGAAGUUCCUCUGUUCAUUGAUCGUCAGCUACUGA